AUGGCCUCGCUGUUCGACUAUGUGUGGAAGCCACGCACAGUGGAAGACAGCAUCGAUGCUGGCGUUCAUCCAGCGGUUGCCAAACUUCGAAGACAAGAAGCUGACAAGCAGCGAACAGUAAACGAUGCCAUCGUCGGAAAGAGAUGGCAUGGCCAGUCUCGAAAUGCCCCCGAAGUCGACGUCAACAAAAUGAGCACCAUGGACCCCACGUUUGACCCCUCGCAGUUCUUCAAGCAGUCGAAGAAAUUGGGCGUGCAUCCGCUUGACUUUAUGGAGAAGAAGGUCAUGGAGCCCUCCAUUCCUGGUGCGGGUAGCAGCAAGGACAAGAAGAAAGAAAAGAAGAAGGAGAAGAGCAAGGACAAGAAGAAGAAGAAGGACAAGAAAAAGAAGAAGAAAAAGAAGAAGAAGAGCUCGUCAUCUUCGUCAUCCUCGGGCUCUUCUUCCGGUUCCUCAAACAAGAAGAGGAAGGCCGAAGAGGAGCUCCAGCAAUAUCAGAUGCGCAUAGCCGAGGCCAGGCAGAAGCAGGCAGCUCUGGCAGAGUUGGAGCAGAUGAAGGCCCAGCGGAAGGCAGCACAAGAGGCUGCGGCCAAGGCUUCGCAGCAACGCAUGGUCCCAAUGAGGCCGGAGGAAGGCCAUGCCAUGGCCAGGCAGUUGGAAAGACAGUACUUCUCCCAGUUCAAGGUACUUGGCGGCAAGCAGAUGCCCGAACCGACAUGA